GUUUAUAUGGGGCACGUUUACAUAUGUACACUCGUAGCUAUCAUUGAAAUGCUUCUGUUUCGAGAGCUUGUUCGUGUUCGGUACUCUGCUUUCUUCGCAACGAUCGAGGACACAAUUCCCCUCUUCCGGACAACACAGUGGAUGUGGUUUGUUGUCGCGUGCUUUUACACGUACGGUGACUUUUUCCUCGAUGCCAUCCAAAACAAUCAAGAAUUGCACUACCUCUUGCCGUACAUGCAAUACAUGUCGAGUGUUUCCUUUUUGCUUUACUCCGGUACUUUUGUACUCACGAUUACCACACUACAGCGCGAACAUAUCAAAUUCCAAAUUAAUCAACUUUGCUGGACAAUUCUCGUUCUAUGCUUGACCUUUGGACAGCUCAAGUACAUCAUGCACAACAUUUUCAAUGGUCUCUUUUGGUAUGUCUUUCCUUGUUGUCUCGUCUUUACUAACGAUAUCAUGGCCUACGUUUCGGGAAUGACGUGGGGACGCAAGUUUAUCAAUCGACCAUUUAUCCGCUUUUCACCGGGAAAAACAUGGGAAGGUUUUAUUGGAGGUUGGAUCUUCACAAUGGUUAUUGCAUGGUAUCUUUCGGGGUUUCUUGCCAAAUUCACCUGGAUGACCUGCCCUACGAAUGAAUUCCGACUUGCUCCUGUUUCCUUGGAGUGUGAGCUUGACCCCGUCUUCCAAAUAGCACAGUCCUUCAUCCCUGCGCAAAUUUUCGAUAUACUUCCUCGUUACUUUCUUGUGUUCAAAAAUUAUUUUCCUGUUCAAGUACACGCACUUUGGUUAGCGAUGUUUGCUUCGCUAGUAGCUCCCUUCGGUGGCUUUUUGGCUUCGGCAAUCAAACGGGCAUACGGAGUCAAAGACUUCGACUCGAUAAUUCCUGGACACGGUGGUGUCAUGGACCGUAUGGACUGCCAAUUUCUUAUGGCACUCUGCACAUGGGUUCACUACAAUACAUUUGUUAAGCUGGCUACGGUCAGCGUUCCUCGAUUGACUUACAUGUACUCGCUGCUGUCCGAGCAAGAGAAGAAAGAAUUUUUACAGUCGAUUUCUGUUCAAGGGCGAAACAAAAUCAAGAGCUUGGUGGAUUUUGGCUUUUAA